AUGUCGAAUCCUAAGGUUUUCUUCGAUAUUCUAAUUGGCAAGGCAAAAGCUGGUCGGGUUGUGAUGGAACUCUUUGCUGAUGUCACUCCUAAAACUGCUGAAAAUUUCCGUGCUCUAUGCACUGGUGAGAAAGGGAUUGGAAAUGCUGGAAAACCACUACACUAUAAGGGCUCAGCUUUCCACCGCAUAAUCCCGAACUUCAUGUGUCAGGGUGGGGAUUUUACCAGGGGUAAUGGGACUGGAGGAGAAUCUAUCUAUGGCGCGAAGUUUGCUGAUGAGAACUUCAAGUUGAAGCAUACAGGGCCUGGUAUUUUAUCAAUGGCAAAUGCUGGACCAAACACUAAUGGUUCCCAAUUUUUCAUUUGCACCGACAAGACGUCAUGGCUUGAUGGGAAACACGUUGUUUUUGGGAAAGUUGUAGAUGGCUAUAGUGUUGUUCAGGCAAUGGAGAAGGUUGGGUCCAGUAGUGGGACGACUGCGCAAUCUGUUGUUAUUGAAGAUUGUGGUCAGAUUACGGAGAAUUGA